AUGUUUCCAGAUAAGGUGGAAAUCCAGCUUCAUCAGAUCAAUUUCUUCCCCUCCGCAUUCAUCGAGGCUGAAUUAGGACCGGCAUGGGACAUUCCACUGGAAUAUGAACCCCCAUGUCGGCUGGCAAUCGUGGUGAAGUUCUCUGUCCAGGGGAACAGCGCGCCGGCCUGUGACUCGAACUCUCGAACUCAAAUUACCGUGUCUCUAUCCACUGUGUAUUUCAUAACUAUCGGCAUCGCGAGAUCGUCAGUACCUGCCCCAGUGCAUGUGCUGCAGUUGACAAGCCGAAGACCAAAGGUAGCACGCGGAAACUCACUUGGCGAGAUGGCGAACGAGAAUCACAGCGGUGGCAUGAAGAAGUGGUUCUAUCUCGCGAUAACGUUAGUAGCCUUGUCGUUGCCCUACUACUGGCAUUUGGGUGUUGCCUUCAGUAAAGGAGUGAAUUGGGUCGUCGGUGGCGGUGCAGCAGAGGCGGCAAAGGCCAAGACUACGGCGGCGGCGGCGGCGGCGGCGGCGCUCGGCCUCGACCAGCGGCGGAGGCUCGCGGCGGAGCUUCGGGAGGUGCAGAGCGAGGUGGCCAGACUCGCCGGCACCAAGGCAGUGGUAGACUCCAAGUGGGUUCUUCGUCUGGACUCACUUGCAGCCCAGUUAGACCCCAGGGACGCCUUGUCAAGACCCCACAAGGCCUGGGACUUCUCUGCUUGGCUUCCCAACACGCCGCGACCGAAUGCCAGUGCGCAGGGGGAGCGUCACGUGUGCGCGGAGGUGUAUUUGGGCAACAAGUACGACUGGCCUCUUUACCAGCAUGGGAUGGAGCAGGAACAGUGCACCGACGUCCCGCCCUUCAGCUCUGUCCUGACGGCGGUUCUCCCUGCGGAGUCUUGGCCAGACGACGUCCUCGAGUUGGUUCUUGCGCAGAUCAGGAAGCUCUAUGAGAUCCCCGUGGUCGUUCUGGUGCGGAAGGGAGGAAGCAGAGCGGCCAACGAGAGCCAGGUGAGCUUCGUAGAGAUGGACAGCGGAAUCUCGAACUCUGAGAAUCUCAACGCCGCUGUAUCAAAGGUUACCACGCCCUUCGUGUUGCUGGGGGAGUCGCUGGCGCACUUCAGCAACCAGUCGUCGUUGGAGCGCCUCGUGCGGGUGCUGGACGACCUGGACCACGUGCAGGUGGCCGGGGGCGCCGCCAGGGACACGCGCGGCCACUGGAGCCACGGCUGUCUGCAGCAGCACAUGGCCAACUACCAGGCCAAGUACACACUGGGCUACUACCACUCCAAGUACGAGUGCAUGUACUGCGACGACCUCCUCACCCCCUUCGUCACCAGAACCAAGCUGCUUCACUCGCUCGCCUUCAGUGCCGGUCUCAGCGGACAGGCUGUGUACCGAGACUGGUUCGCCAAGGUGCGCGGCGCAGGCCACCUGGCCGUGCUCUGCCCCGACGUCAUGUUCUUCCUCGGCGCCCACGUCAACAUGACGGCCGACGACUGGCUCCCCGUGGCCCGCCGCUGGUCCCUGGAGAGGGUGCAAGCCUUCGACGGCAGAGAACACGUCUUCAGCUGUGAGUCGGUGGGCAUCUCGUGCAAGAAUCCUUUGGGCAUCAUCAAAAGCUAUCUGUUGCCGCCGUGUUGCAUUGCAGAGAUGGAGGAGGUGAUUGGUUAUCUCGUCAGCUAUGCGGAGCAGAAUCACCUGGAUUACGAGCUGCACCUAGGCUCUGUCCUCGGAGCUAUAAAGCUGGGCCAGUACCUUCCUUGGGACUACGACACAGACAUUGUUGUCAACUGUCAUCAGUUUGAUGAAUGGUGGAAUAUUGAUGCAUACAUGAACAUUACAAGAAUAAAGUGCAGAAAAAAGAUGGUGUGGAAUGGUUAUAUGAAUAUCAUUUGUCCACACUUCUUUCUCGAAAUUAUCUGCCAUAAAGGGAGAAACAACAGCCGAGUCCAUCUUCCGGCCGAGUAUAGAGACAUCCCGACACAGGCCUUGUAUUCCGGCCGAUGGAUCAACGUCAGGAGCAACCCGGGACUCUACUGCAGGAACGCCAUGGGUCUGGAGGUUCUCCGCCACGCGGCGCACUGGAGGACGCUCAAGACGUCGGCGGAGGCGAAGGCCAGGGGUGGCUACGACAGCCCAGGGACCUGGAACAAGUCCUCAGACGACGAAGGAAACCUGCGCCUCAGUCAGGAGGGAGAUCGGGAGGACAUCGAUCUCUCUCCUACGGGUCCUGCUACUUUCGAAGACACAGUGCAGUCGCUGUCUCCUAUAGGUGUCUUCAGUUUUAGCUCAUCGAUUUAG